AUGGAGGAAGUUUUUCGCUUUUAUUUGCAUUCCAAAACUAUUCUGUUUCAUAAAGGCCUUUCAUUGAAACAGUCCACUGUAGAUGACCCCAAAAGUGGAUACGGUCUUUUCGUCAGCCCUUCGAAGUUCAGUAACGAAGAACUUGACAAUGAGACUGUUCAAUUGCUAAGAAUUCCUAAACGCUGCACAUUCAAUAUCAACACACUACUGACUAUUCUAGGAGAUGAGAACGAAUUUUCUUCACUAGAACAAUUCCAAAGAACUGGUGACAAAAUCAAGACUACUCUUCGUGAAAUAAUGACGUAUCCCAAGUUUAGUAGGUUUCUAACAGAAACAAACCUGCUCAUUCUUUACUUUAUGAUUUUCGAGACUAUUCAUGACAGUUACGAGAUUCCCGGUAGUAUCGAGUAUUAUUUGAAGAAUGUUUUGAUGAGCAUUGAAGUAGAAUCUGCUGUCGAUUCUAUCGAAAACCUAGCCAAGGAUUAUGGCCAUUACCCACAAAUUUUUGGGCUCCAAGAAAUAUCAGGUUUAUUCAAAGAUCUGUUCCAAGAAUAUUUAGACGCAAGCGUUAUUAAGCACCUUUAUUCAGCGAUAAUUUCACGUUGCCUCGAGAUACCUGAAAAAUCGGAUACCGGAGAUUACGAAUUCAGUGUUCACUCUACCUUAGUUCCCAUUCUGGAUUUUGCCAAUCACGAAAACUCACAAAAGAAUGCUUAUUUUGAUGUCGACCCUUCUAGUAACGAUGUGUUACUUCUACUCAAUACGGAUACGAUUCGGGGAAAGAGUUCGAAGCCUAGAGAAGUGUUCAUUAGCUACAUGCCUACAGAAGAUUUAUUGCCAAUGCUAAACACAUAUGGAUUCAUCCCAGAUUUCAAAGAAUCUCCACAGUUUUGGACCAUAUCGUUUGAUAGAGGGUUUUUGAGAGACUACAUUGGGUUAGAUUUGAAUGCAGAUUUGAGGUUAUUUUAUAAAUGGCUCCGUAUAAAUCCAGUCAUCUCAUUAGUAAAAUACGAACAUGAUGACCAAAUCCGAUGGUUUAUUAACGAUACUACAAAAGAGUUCAGUUCGCUUUUGCUCCCAUUCAUCCCACCUUUGGAUAAAGCAAAAAAUGCACGUUGGGUGUAUGAUUCUGCCUGUCAUUUGACGUUCACUAAGAUGCAUUGCUUAGUUAAUCCUGAGACGAAUGAACAUGCAACGUUGGUUGCAGAAAACUACCAUUCUCUCAUCGAAGAAGUAGAACUGAAUGGAGAUGAUUUUAUUGAUUUACCGCCGCUAGCAUGGUCGUUGCACUAUAAAGAUGCAGAAAGCGGUUGCCUAAGACAAAGACAUACGGAUUGUGAAGAGGCAACUAGUAUCCUUCAACAUGAACAAGAACAAGACACAACCAAAACCAAGCUCCGGUUUGUUAGCUUCUUCCGGGACUUUUUAAAGUAUAGGAAAGCGAGAAUUGCCAUGCCUUCCAGUAAUUCAAGUAUUGCUCGCUUAUUAUUUGAGCAGGAGAAAGAGAUAAUUAAUGACCUAGCAGCAGCUAUUGAUAACAAAUCCACAAUAUUUUUUAGCGAUCUAAAGACGGCACUGAGCGCAGAACCUAAUAAGUUCCCCCCUCUGAGAUUUCACAAUGAUCACACGGAGAGCAACAAGAAUAAAGAUGAACUAGUGCCCUAUUUCAAGGACCCUUCUUCUUAUAAUCCCGAUAGAUUCACCGACUUCUUUCAAGACGAAAUGAACCAGUACGCUGCAUUCUUUCGAGACGGUUAG